GAAGGGAGGCGGACGGACGGACCGAAGGAGCGGGCAUGGAGCCCCCCCGCCUCUCCAUCAAACAGGAGCCCCUGGACGCAGGAGACUCCAUGUUCCCGGAAGGGGCCUUUGAGUCCCAGAACAGUGGUGAGUCAAGCUCCGGACGUCUCCUGCGCCCCUCCGGGAACGGCUUGCUACGAGGGAUUGCCAAAAAGGAUCCUGUGGCACUCUUGGCUGGAGGGCGCAAGUACUCGGACCAUUGUGAAGCGCGAGCAUCAAGACCGGGCAAAAGCCGGAUUCCCGGGCGGGACCACCGGCGGUAUUACCACGAGCACUGGCGGGCCGAGUACCUGAUGGACUUCAACGCGGCGCGGCACGGCAUGAUCUGCAUGGUGUGCGGGAGCUCCCUGGCCACUCUCAAGCUGAGCACCAUCAAGAGGCACAUUCGGCAGAAGCACCCUUACUCCCUCGCUUGGAGCGCCCAUGAGAAAGAGGUCAUCAUGAACAGCUGGGAUGCUCAUUUGGGCCUCGAAGUGGAGACUGACGGGACCCGGGACUCUGCCAAAAGGUCUGGCGCGUCCCCAGCGGAUCACGGUGAGCUCUUGCUGGAUGGAGGUCGCCGGAGACGCCAUGGCCCAGGUCCCCUUCCCUCCCGCGGGGGACGUCGGCCGUCCAGCCUGGCCUUGAAAUCUUCCUCGGAGGGAGAAUCCCAGAGCCUGGAGCAGUAUUUGAAACAGUCACUGCAGAGCUGGUUCCAGUGUGAAUUCCUGAUGGACUACGAUCCCCAGGGCAACCGUCUCUUCUGUAUGAUGUGCGGCUCCUCCCUGCCCAGCCUCAAUCUGGACGAUAUUAAGCGCCACGUGAUGGAUGCCCACCCUACCUCCCUUGGCUUCAGCCCUGCCGAGAAGGGGGCCAUCCUGGAGGCGUGGAACUCCCGUGCCUUGGUGCUGGCGGCCGAGGGGAGAAAUGCAGGGGGCACAGCAGCAGAAACAGGGACGUCCACCCAACGGGAUCUGAACGUGAAAGAGCUGGACUCAUCUGCUUCCCCAGAUCACCCCACUGCAGAGGACGGGAUCGACGAGGCUGGCCCUUGGGACUCAGAAGAGAGCAGCCCUCGCGCUCCAGCACGUGGCAGAGACCACCGCCGGUACUUUCAGGAGCAUUGGAGAGUGGAGUAUCUGAUGGAUUACAAUGGGGUGCGCCACGGGCUGGUGUGCAUGGUCUGUGGGAGCACCUUGGCCACGCUCAAGAUGAGCACCAUCAAGAGGCACAUUCAGCAGAAGCACCCAGACUCCACGCAACUGAGUCACCAGGUCAAGGCCCUGAUCGUGCAGGAGUGGAGCCAGAAAGUUGCCCGCCUGGCGGAUGCUGAAGACUCCCAGCCAGAAACGGAUGCUGAGGUAGACCAAGCGGAAUCACAGCGUGUUUACAAGCCACCUGCAUCUCCCAAGGAACCUCCAGAGGAUUUGGCAACUGCUAAGAGGGAGGAGGAUGCCCCCGCAGCAGACAGGUUGGCCCUGUCCCAGCCCUCCCCGGGGGCCGCAUCCCUGUCCACCGGGACCCCGUCUCGGCGGAGCCAGCGUCGAAACUACCAGCCCCGCUGGCGGGUGCAGUACCUGAUGGACUACGACGAGCAGAAGCAUGGUUUGAUCUGCAUGGUCUGCGGAGGCACGCUGGCCACCCUCAAAGUCAGCACGAUCAAGCGGCACAUCCUUCAGGUGCAUCGGUUCUCCCUGGAGUACACAGAGCUGGAAAAACAGACCAUCCUCGACGCUUACGGCGAAAACGACCGAGUUUCGAAUCGCCAGGAGCCGGGCCCCAAGGCGACGGCCGCAGGGGCCGACUCCGAAAGCCAGGAUGUUAAGCCGAACGUUGAGGAGGCCAGGAAAAUGGCCUUGGGUUACAAGCUGUCUGUCUGUGCGGUUUAGCCGUGGUUCCGAACGGCCCUGGGGUCGGGACAACGGCGGACGGGUCGGUUUCUCCUCUCCUGCUGUGGACAGCAGAGAUGCUUGGAGUGCUCGUUUUUUUCGGAGAUCUGCGACUGGAACAAUGGAUGCCGAGGCCAAAAAAAAAAAGUAUUCUUUCUCUUCUGUUCCAGAGCAUCCAUUUGAUCUGCAUGUUGUGUUUCAGCAGCAAUGGGUUUUUGAGUUUCUUUUUCAUCUUCCUGGGGCUCUGAGCUCCAAAGAUUUUGACUCAGAAAAGGCGGGGGUGGGGGGCUGAC